AUGAAUCUUUCAGAUCCAUCUGAUGAGGACAGUAGCAGUGAUGAGAGUCCAAGACCGGCAAAACGUGUCAGAACUGACACUUAUGGUGCUUCAUCCACUACCUCUCAUGGCUCUGCUCUACAAGAAUCAGAUAAAGAAGCUCUGGAUACACCAUCUGCCGAUAAUUUUGGAACUGAAUUUCAACAACCAUGUAGGUCAUUGCCAAACUAUGGGGAUCAAAGCCCAGAAGAAAACAUUAGGUUAAGUAGAAGUAGUGUAAGUGAAAACUGUUCAUCACCAAAUGAUCAGUUUGAUGAUUAUAGACCAGUAUUUGAGGAAGUAGAAGAUGGAGAAGGAUCAGUGCGGCCUAGUUUUCAAGAUCAUGGUGAUUCAUUUUAUAACAAUAAUCGUGACCAAGCAGAGUACACUGGUUAUUCAGAAAGUGCAAAACGAAUGAUGAAAAGUAUGGGAUUUAAACAUGGCAAAGGUUUAGGUAAAUUUGAACAUGGUCGAACACAGCCAGUUGAAGCGUCUACACAAAAGGGACGGAGGGGUUUAGGCGCUAAGCCAUCAGUUGUAGGAGAAUUACCACAAGAUUUCAAAGCUUCUACUGAAGAUGAAAAACCUGAAGCAAAAGAGGAAGUACUAUGGCUCAACCCUGCCCCUAAUGAACCUCUUACUGGAGAUGUUUUGGAAAAAUGGUUGAAAAUAGGACCUAAGAAAUUGACAAUUGAUGAUGAAACAGAAUUUGUAGAUCCAGCUAUUUUGAAAGGAGUGCUGAAUGCUAAGACAAUAUUUGAUAGUUUGGACGAUGAAGAUCUAAGAAAUGCUCGCUUUCGAAGCAAUCCUUAUGAAACUAUUGGGGCUGUGAUAUUUUUAAAUAGAGCUGCAGUUAAAAUGGCCAACAUUGACGCAAUUUUUGACUUUAAUUUUACUAGUCCUAAGAAACAAACUGGUGAAGAUGCUGUAGAUUCAAACGAAAUUCUUUAUUUUGCCGACGUAUGUGCUGGCCCUGGUGGUUUUUCCGAGUAUGUUUUGUAUCGGAAAGGAUGGCGUGCUAAAGGCUUUGGAUUUACAUUGAAAAGUUCGAAUGACUUCAAACUAUGUGACUUCCAUGCUGGAUCACCUGAGACUUUUAACCCUUAUUAUGGUAUAAAUGAGGAUGGAAAUAUAUUCGAUCCUGCCAAUUUAACGUCUUUAAAAGAACAUGUGCUGAAACAAACUGAUGAUCUUGGUGUGCACUUUCUAAUGGCUGAUGGUGGUUUCUCAGUGGAAGGUCAAGAAAACAUCCAAGAAAUUCUUUCAAAGCAGCUGUACCUUUGCCAAUGUCUGGCAGCACUAAUGCUCGUGAGACCUGGCGGACAUUUCGUCGUGAAACUGUUUGAUGUAUUUACCGUGUUCAGCGUCAGUCUCAUAUAUAUAAUGUAUAGAUGUUUUGAUAAAGUUUGUAUCCAUAAGCCGGUGACGUCAAGACCAGCUAAUUCAGAGAGAUAUCUCGUCUGCUUGUGGAAAAGAUUUAAUACAGAGCCGGCCGAACAACAUUUAGCUUCAGUCAAUUGCAUGUUGUGGAAGGGCGCCGAGCGAGGAGAUGUCACACAACUUGUACCUUUGGAUGUAAUCAAAGAAGAUAGUAACUUUUUCGAAUACAUUUACAGGAGUAAUUGUUUGCUAGGUAAAAAGCAAAUUCAAAAUUUAUUGAAGAUUGCAAGAUACAGUAAAGACAGGAACUUAAAGGAGUUACAUCAAGCUGAAAUGAAAGAACAAUGUUUAGCAUUGUGGAAAUUACCUGAUUCUGUUCGGACCCAACCUGAAAGACUGAGCCCUGAUGAUACAUUGUCAGCUAUCUUAGGCAGAAUGAAAAAACCACCUAUUGAUUCUCAAAACUUGUUUUCUUUUAAAUCUAAUGUUUUAAAUAAACCACCUGAGUAUUUGGAAAAAAGUUCGAGUUUAAAAAGCCUUUUUGACAAUAUUUAUGAUUGGCAUCUUAUGUUCUUAAGUAGUGGCAAAAACAGUCCAGAUUUGAGAGUUUUCAUAGGUUGUGGAGGCAAAAAAGUAUUUCAAUUGGAAACAAAUGGAUGGAGAACAGUUGUAGACUUGCAUAUUACAUUACCUGCUAAAACAUUGAUAUAUGGGGAGAUUGUGAAAGAAUACAUUGGACAAGGGACUAAUCAGCGUUACAGCAAGGCUUUACACAUUAUAGAUACUUUAAUGCUUGGGGGUAUUGAUAUAUCUGAUUAUUCGUUAAGUGACAGAAUAAAUCAAUGCAAUGUGUUUUGUAAAGCACUCAACAAACCAUUUGAUAGUCAAGCUCUUCCGCUAAGGUGUAAAAGGCUAUACAAUAUGGAAGAAUUUGAUUCAGCCAUUAGUAAUUUAGAAUACCGUGCUAUGAAACGCGUGAAGAAAGCUGUUACUGUUGAGGCACCUGAUAGAAAUAGAAGUGGGCUGUUCUAUGUUGUUGGAUCGGUACUGUUCAUUAAACAGAUAAAAGCGCCAUGGAUUGCACAAAUUUCAAAAAGCAGUGGACACAAAUAUUACUUUAGCGUUGGAAGGGAUGGUAAAGUGCAUAGUUUAUAUCAUAUUCCGUCAGAGGCUAGGAUGGAUAUGAUAAGUGCUUUCACAAAGCGCGUCUUGUGGCCAUGGGAGCCAUCGGCGAGCGCCAUAUUCGAUGGACAUCAAGGAAUGCAAGAUACGCCAUCUUGCGCACACGUCGAACAAUAUAUAUCUAGUAUAAAAUGUAAGCAGAAAACAGUUCACUAA